AUGAAUUAUACAAAGUUACCCAGGCGAUCCACCAGUAUCCCUGAACUUACAUGGAUAUCUCUGGAGGAUGCGGAAAAGAACAAAGUUGGUGUCAGCAAUAUUCCCACCAUCCCCCUUCAUAUGGAGAAAGUCAACACCCAGGAAUCCCAAGAACUCCAGCCAUGUAAUGAGAUACCCAGAUAUCAGCAUGGCACACGAACUGAAGAUUCCACAAAAGGACUGGGACCAGGUCCUGUAACAUGACGGCAUAAAGUAACAUUUUCAGAACAAAAGCCCCACGUGUCUAUGGACCGCCUCAUAGAUAUCAUGAAGUGGCAGAGGCUAAAGGACCUUGCCCACAGCCUGAGUUCUCCUGUGGAGGCUGAACAGGUCUACGCAGCUCAGGCCUUGGGUAAACUGAAAAUCAGCAAGAAGUUUAUCAUAGAAGCACUCUGGGUCUCGGCCCAGGUAGGUCCUGAGAGAGUGAGGUAUGAAUCCUGCAGAACUCUUGCUCUUCUAGGUUGCCUUCAUAAACAUGUGAUCCUGUCUCUCAUUGAACAACUAAAGGGAUGCUCUCUUAGUCGAAGAAUGGACACCCUGAUGGGACUUCAUAUCGCCCUCAAUGCCUGGAUCAUGCUGGCCAAAAACAAACGGGAGCCUAUAGGAGCCAAGAGCUCGCUGACAAGGGUCCUGAAGUUGCUGGUGAAGGGGAAAAGCCCUAUGGACAAUGUGGCCCUGGAAGCAGCUCUGUGCCUGGGCUUCCUUGACCCUGAAAAUUCCAUAGCCCGUGAGUUUCUGCUCCAGUGCCUGACCUUCGGAGAAAUGAAGAGAAAGAUGAAGGCAUUGAUGAUGCUAGUAAAGCUAAUGAACCUCCACACCCUGCCCAUCCUCCAGGCUGCCAUGGACCAGCUACAGAACUCCUGUGUGGCCAAGCACCGUAUAGAAGCCAGCAAACUGCUUAAGGUCAUUGGUAUAGAGAACAUUCAGAAUUUGGGGAUGGAGAAUGAUGUUUUUGAGCUACUCAGGUUGAAGGUUCAUAAUGAUCCCUUACAAGAAGUGAGAGAAGCUGUGGCAGAAAUUGUGGAGGUGCUAAAAAUGAAACCUAUGAUGCUGCACAUCGUGGAGUCGGAGCUUAAUGAUGCCAGUGCCUUGGUACGUCACCAGGCUGUCAUAUCCAUUGGUGUUCUGGGCAUCAGCAGCUCACGCAUGUUCUAUUUCCUCAUGGACAUGCUGGACCUGGAAACGAAUCAUCUGGUGAGGAAAGAGCUGGAAAGAGUAUUCAUUUUCCUGUCCAAGAAAGAUCCCUGGGUCCGGGAAAAGCUUCAGGACUGGACACUCCUGGUGGAGGAAGAGUCCAGAAAGGAGAGGGAGAGAAUCCAGCAACUGAAACUUCAGAAGAUGAGGGAGCUCCAGAGCCAAAAGAGGUCUCUACUCGGAGGCCUGGGCCCCUUGAUCCCUCAAAAGAUGAUCAGGCAUAGAAAGGUCAUGGCUGAGAAAGGGAGGUCCAUCUUUAAUGUUCCUAUCAAAGGCAUCGCAUUAGCCUCCCACUACCCAUCCUGUCUCAAAUCCCAUGAUAAAAAGGACGAUCACCUUCCCAGGAUAACCUGGGAUUCCCCAGUCAUCAGGGAACACCUCAAGAACCUGGCUUCCCAUUGA